AUGUCUGACUCUCCUUUGCAUAACGAGAAGACUGUGGAGCGGUCUCCGAACGAUACCCAGUCAGACGCGGGAAAGCAGUCUUUGAACGACGUUGAUCCCAAUGCUGAAGAGAGCUCACCACGCAAUCUUCAUGGCGUAAAGGUAACUCGGCCACACAUGAGCGGAACCAUAUUAGAUCACAGCAAUGUCACUUACGAUCACCAGUGGCUGAUGACUAUAACGGCAAUCCUGUCGACAACACUGCUGUUCAGUUUGGACACGACAAUCGUUGCCAACGUUCAACCUAGCAUCAUUAAGGAGUUUGGCGAAGUCUCCAAGCUAUCAUGGCUGGGGACAGCCUUCGCGCUGGGCUCGGCAAGCACCAUCCUACCCUGGAGCAAAGCAUAUGGGGUUCUGAACGUCAAAUGGCUGUACAUAUCGCACGUCAUCGUCUUCGAAACCGGGAGCGCUCUAUGCGGCGGAGCACCAGAUAUGAACGCUUUGAUAGUGGGUAGAGCAAUCGCUGGUUUUGGCGCGAGCGGGAUGUACGUUGGUUGCUUGACAUACGUGUCCAUUUUGACGACCGUUCAAGAAAGACCGAUCUAUAUGGGACUGAUAGGAUUGGUGUGGGGACUCGGAACAAUUCUAGGUCCAGUUAUUGGUGGAGCCUUCAUCGACAGCAAUGCGACGUGGCGAUGGGCGUUCUACAUCAACCUCGUUGUUGGCGCUGUUUUUGCUCCCGUCUAUCUGUUCCUCUUACCAAGCCUCGAUCUUCAAAAAGAUGUUCCGUUACGGCAGCGACUGGUCCGGAACUUCGAUUGGCUCGGCAACCUCUUUUUUAUUGGAGGCAUAUGUUGUUUCACCCUCGCGAUAACCUUCGGUGGCAGCCUCUUCUCCUGGAGCUCCGCUAGCGAGAUUGCACUCUGGGUCGUGGCAGGAGUGUUGUUCCUUGUCUUUUGUCUGACCCAGGCCUUUCAUCCCUUGGUCAACGCACAACACAAGCUUUAUCCUACCAUAUUCCUCCGACGACCCGUGAUGGUGAUGCUGCAACUUGCGGUUUUCAUGUCCUCUGUGAGCUUGCUAAUCCCAGUAUACUACAUACCGCUCUUCUACCAAUUCGCUAAGGGUUCCUCAGCACUCGGCUCCGCGGUUCAUCUCCUCCCCUUCGUUAUUAUGGUUGUGGUAUUCGUCAUCAUAAAUGGGUCUUUGAUGGCGAAGCUUGGCUACUACAUGCCAUGGUAUCUAUUCGGCGGCGCACUCGUGCUCAUCGGCUCUGCUCUGAUGUACACCGUCACUGCAACAACCUUGACCUCCGCCGUCUACGGGUACACGGUCCUAAUCGGGGCGGGCGCGGGAUCCUUCUUGCAAGCCGGAUUCAGCGUGACUCAGGCGCUGUUGGAACCAGAGGAGAUUACCGACGCGGUGGGAUUCAUGAGCUUUGGACAAUCGAUUGGCAUAGUAAUCUCCCUCGCCAUCGCAGGCGCAAUCUUCCAAAACCGCGCUGUCAGUAACGUGGUCUCGAUCCUCCCCGGCGUCGACAUCUCCGGUCUACGCUCCGCAAUCACCGGUACCGAUAGCGCGUACUUUGCCAGUCUCAGUCCUGCGGAAAGGGGAAGCGUUACGGAAGGGAUAGUGAAGGCGUUGGGUGACGUUUAUGUCGUCGUCAUCGUUGCGGGGGCUACAGUGAUUUUACUGGCCGUUUUUCUGCCGAAGACUAAGCUCUUUACGAGUGGCUGA